CGAGAAGGAGCAGAGAAAAGUGAGUGGAAUGAUAAAAUGAGAAGGUGGAAGCUUUCUCUUCUGGAGCUCGUACUCGUGUUAUGGCUCGGGUUGCGCGUUCUGGCUGUGUGUCCUUCCAUGUGCUCCUGCAGUCGCAGCCACAGGGAGGUAGACUGCUCCUCGAGGGGUCUAAGAAGUCUGCCCAACGACUUACAGUACAACCUGCGCUCCCUUAACCUGUCCCACAACCGAUUCCACAGCCUGGAUGACCAACUUACCGCUUACACCCAUCUCCGCGUUCUUGAUUUGUCUCACAAUCGGCUGAGCCGACUGCCCGCAAACCUACCUCGUUCCCUCUGGCGGAUCUAUGCGUCCUCCAACCGCAUUCAGUUGUUAGACAAGAAUGACACGGUUUACCAGUGGAACCUGCAGCUGCUUGACCUCUCCGACAACAAAAUGGAGAGAGCCACCUUUAUCAACAACACGCUGACCAGUUUGUGCACGCUCAACCUCAGCCACAAUCACUUCUGGACUUUGCCCACCAACCUACCCGUACGCCUGGAGAUUAUUGACCUGUCCCACAACUGGCUAGUAAAAGUACUUCCCGGAUCUUUAGAUCGGCUCCCCAGACUAACUUACUUCUACCUGCAUGCUAACCGCUUCUCUGCAGUGCCUUUUGGAGUCUUGGACAAAAUGACAUCGCUCAAAGUCAUUGCUUUGGGAAACAACCCUUGGGCUUGCCACCUUUACGCCGACAUCAGCUACUUGCUCUCCUGGACUCAGCGUACCCCCGCACGUGUCCUGGGCUGCCCGUGCCACACCCAGCCCAUCUGUGGAGGGGUGCGCCCUGGCAGGACAGGAGGGUGGCAUUAUGCCUCCUACAACUUACCCCCAUUGGCUGCCAGCGCCAAGGAUCUGACCUCCAUGACCCCUAAAGCUAGUGUCACCGGAUGGUGGUAUCUGUCUGUUUCUACCUCGCUGAACACGCCUGUUGCCCCCAGAGAGACAUGGGACACACAACACCACACUUUCACAGCCACACCCAGCAUCAGCAUGGCCACCCUGAAGUACAAAACCACAGGCACACACCUAACUAUUGAUCACAUGUCUGCAGGUGUUAGCUCUGAUUCUCUUCAUGUCUCUGCAACAAAGGAAACCUCAACCACAGACACAAGUCUCCUUACAGAAAUGACCGACGAAGAUAACACAACAUCUGCCACAGAUCAAUUUUUUACCACAGAUAGUCUGUCCAUCCAAACAAAGAAGACAACCACACUUCGCACCAGAAGUGUGAGGAGGCAGAAUCCAUCUUUUCCAGGUGGUAUCCCUAACAGUAGCCCUGCUCUUGUUUCCUGUUCCUGGGAUUUAUUCCUUCAUAGCUCAGCUCUCCUGUCUCUCAUUCUGAUUCAAGUCCAUUGAAAGACGAAUGAAAAGGCCCAACACCAGUUUAUAGCACAAACAAGUAGAACAGACACAAAACUGACUACUGCUGCUGCGCUGCAAAGCUUGCAUACAUAUAUUACCAGCUUUACAGCUUUAAUUUCAAUGACAGGCUUGAACUGAGUGUACUGGACACUUUUAGAAUUACAUGUGCAAAAACAAACAACUUUUCUAACAUUUUUACAAGCCCUGCUUUGAAUGUCUUUUUAAGAUUGUAAUGAAUCUAGUAGAGCACAUGAUGGCACUAUACAUCCAGGUACCAGUCUGUUAUGUAACUGAGUGCCUGGUGCUUCAUGGGCAGCAACAGUCUAUUUCCAGGCUGUCCAAGGUGCACUUCAGUACACACUAAUGUCCCCAAUUUAGAGUUUUAAAUGUUUUAUUUUUUAACUUUUUUUAUUGUUUCCCUAUUUGUUUCCCCAGUUUCACUCUAGAUGUGUAUUUUUGCUUUGACUUUGUGCAACAUUUCAUCCUGUUAACUGUUUCCGCUCUCUCUGUAGCUGUCCUUGAUGUCUGGCCUGCUCGUUUCAUACAGGGGUCAGGAUGUGUGAUCGAAAUGUUGGGGACACGCACAUAACAGGAGAGAACAGAGACUCUUUGGAGCAGAGGGCAGACAAAUGGACAUUGUUGCAUCACUACGGUUUAACAAAGUCCAAAUGCUGGGCGCUGCUUCUGCAUUUUGAUCACAUCUCAGACUUAAGUGUCCUUCAUGAUUCAGUGAAGCUCGUGAAAAUUAUCUGCAUGCUGACUGAACGUCGCAGGAAUGCUAACUUACUUGUGUCUUGCCGCAGAGCGUUAAAGCGCAGACACUUUCGUGAUAUUCAAAUCUCGACUGCAUUAAACGCCAAUGAUGUAGCAGCCUGCAGGUUACUUUUUUUUUUUUUUUACAAUUUUAGUAACGCUUUUGCAUCUAGGCCUUAAAGCUGCCAACAGAGGGAGAAAAGCACCACAGAAAUCUGCUUUUGAUAAA